GUCCCCUCUGAGAUGGAUGGGAGCGGACAUGGGGAGCCAGGGGAUGGGACUGCCUGGUAGGUGCUGCUGCCCACGAAGGGGGAGUAGGUGGCAGCGUGGCUCCGAGGAGAUUCUGGCUUUGAAGUUCUGGUCCUCUGCCUGUUUCCCCUGCAGUGUCUCUGACCCAGAACUCCUACCCCCCCCCACCAGAGGUCCAGAUUCCCUGCCCAGCUCCACUCCAUGGCUUAUGGCUGGGCUCGUGCCUCAUUGUCCUCUUGUAAAGGGGGAAUAGGCAGCCAUGCGCCCCUGGGGGCUGCGGAGCGAGCGAGGUGAACCUAUACGCGCCGCGCUCGUGGACGCCCGGCCACUUCCGCCAGACGAGGACCCGAUGGCCACGAUGGCUCUGCGUUGUCGGGCCUCGAACCGGGUCUCCAGACAUUGGGCCCCUCCCCCCCAGCGCGGGAGAGGCGGGGAAGGGGGCGGGGCGGGGGCGGGGCCGCAGCGCUUUUCUCCGGAGGUCGCGCGCCCGAGAGCCCGCGCUGUUAGCCACCGCUGCCUGAGUCGACUCUGCGCCGCCCGCCACGAUGGAGGCCGCCGCCCAGUUCUUCGUCGAGAGCCCGGACGUGGUCUACGGCCCCGAGGCCAUCGAGGCGCAAUACGAGUACCGGACGACGCGCGUCAGCCGCGAGGGCGGCGUCCUCAAGGUGGACCAGGGGGUUGGGGAAGAGGGCAUGCUAGGGAGAGCGGGGCGGCGCGGGGAGAAGGGCAUGGGACCCGGGGUUCACUGCGCGGCCUGUCUUCAGGUGCACCCCACGUCCACGCGCUUCACCUUCCGGACCGCCCGGCAGGUGCCCCGGCUUGGGGUCAUGCUUGUCGGCUGGGGCGGGAACAACGGCUCCACACUCACUGCCGCGGUGCUGGCCAACCGGCUGCGUCUGUCCUGGCCCACGCGCAGCGGCCGCAAGGAGGCCAACUACUACGGCUCGCUGACUCAGGCAGGCACCGUGAGCCUGGGCCUGGACGCCGAGGGCCAGGAGGUGUUCGUGCCCUUCAGCGCGCUGCUGCCCAUGGUGGCGCCCAACGACCUCGUGUUCGAUGGUGGGCGGAGCCCUGGGCCGGGGUGGGGCGGGAUGGGAGAUUGGGUCUGGAGGGGCCCAGGAUCCGGGCAGGGCCGAGUGUGAGGAUCCCCCCAGGCUGGGACAUCUCGUCGCUGAACCUGGCUGAGGCGAUGCGGCGCGCGAAGGUGCUGGAUUGGGGGCUGCAGGAGCAACUGUGGCCGCACAUGGAGGCCCUGCGGCCCCGGCCUUCUGUUUACAUCCCCGAGUUCAUCGCGGCCAACCAGAGCGCGCGCGCGGACAACCUCAUCCCGGGCUCGCGCGCGCAGCAGUUGGAGCAGAUCCGCAGGGACAUCCGAGACUUCCGGUCUAGCGCGGGGCUGGACAAAAUCAUCGUGCUGUGGACGGCGAACACAGAGCGCUUCUGUGAGGUGAUUCCAGGCCUCAACGACACAGCCGAGAACCUACUACGCACCAUUGAGCUUGGUCUGGAGGUGUCGCCCUCCACGCUCUUCGCCGUGGCCAGCAUCCUAGAGGGCUGUGCCUUCCUCAAUGGGUCCCCGCAGAACACCCUGGUGCCCGGAGCCCUUGAGCUCGCGUGGCAGCGCCGGGUUUUUGUGGGUGGAGAUGACUUCAAGUCAGGCCAGACCAAAGUCAAGUCCGUGCUCGUGGACUUCCUCAUUGGCUCCGGCCUCAAGACCAUGUCCAUCGUGAGUUACAACCACCUGGGCAACAACGAUGGGGAGAACCUGUCGGCGCCAUUGCAGUUCCGCUCUAAGGAGGUGUCCAAAAGCAACGUGGUGGACGACAUGGUGCAGAGCAACCCAGUGCUCUAUGCGCCCGGCGAGGAGCCUGACCACUGCGUGGUCAUCAAGUAUGUGCCGUACGUGGGCGACAGCAAGCGCGCGCUGGAUGAGUAUACCUCGGAGCUGAUGCUGGGCGGAACCAACACACUGGUGCUGCACAACACAUGCGAGGACUCGCUGCUGGCCGCACCCAUCAUGCUGGACCUCGCGCUACUGACCGAACUGUGCCAGCGUGUGAGUUUCUGCACUGACGCUGACCCCGAGCCACAGACCUUCCACCCCGUGCUGUCCCUGCUCAGCUUCCUCUUCAAGGCGCCACUGGUGCCACCGGGCAGCCCGGUGGUCAAUGCGCUUUUCCGCCAGCGCAGCUGCAUCGAGAACAUCCUCAGGGCCUGCGUGGGGCUCCCGCCACAGAACCACAUGCUACUGGAGCAUAAGAUGGAGCGCCCAGGGCCCGUCCUCAAGCGAGUCGGACCUGUGGCUGCUGCCUGCCCUGUGUUGAACAAGAAAGGACCGGUACCCGCUGCCACCAACGGCUGCACUGGUGAUGCCAACGGGCAUCCGCAAGUGGAGGAACCCCAGAUGCCCACCACCUGAGGCCCUGGUCACACAGCUUCCCAGCUGUUCCUCCCCGCUGCCCCCCAAGACCCCACCUUGCUAGGCCCCCAGAAAGACAAUAAAGGCGCUGCCACUCUUAGCCCUCCUUCCACCCGGGGUUCUUGGGGCCUGUGACCUGA